ACCGGAGAGCUGCUCGCGCGCAAACACCCCAAAAAGGUUCAGACAGCAGCGCGAGCGAUGCGAGACGAGGGUCGCGAGGAAGCAGACUAAGAGCGAGAGACCAGAAACGCGAGGAUGUCGGUUCUAGCCCUGCAAGAGUACGAGUUCGAGAGGCAGUUCAACGAGGACGAGGCCCUCCGAUGGAUGCAGGACAACUGGAAGAAGUCGUUUCUCUUCGCUGCACUCUACGUUGCCUUUAUCCUCGGCGGACGCCAUGUCAUGAAACAGAGGGAGAAGUUUGAGUUGAGGAAACCGCUGGUGCUAUGGUCGCUCACGCUGGCUGUAUUCAGUAUAUUUGGUGCCAUCCGUACUGGGAGUUUCAUGAUGUACAUCCUGAUGACCAAAGGGCUGAAACAGUCAGUUUGUGACCAGAGCUUUUACAACGGGCCCGUCAGCAAGUUCUGGGCCUACGCCUUUGUACUCAGUAAAGCACCAGAACUGGGCGACACUCUCUUCAUCGUCCUGAGGAAACAGAAGCUCAUCUUCCUCCACUGGUACCACCACAUCACCGUGCUGCUCUACUCCUGGUACUCCUACAAAGACAUGGUGGCCGGCGGCGGCUGGUUCAUGACCAUGAACUACUUGGUCCACGCCGUCAUGUACUCUUACUACGCGCUGCGGGCGGCCGGCUUCAAGGUGUCGCGCAAGUUCGCCAUGUUCAUCACGCUGACCCAGAUCACCCAGAUGCUGAUGGGCUGCGUGGUCAACUACCUGGUGUACUCGUGGAUGCAGCAGGGCCAGGAGUGUCCAUCCCACAUGCAGAACAUUGUGUGGUCCUCCCUCAUGUACCUGAGCUACUUUGUGCUCUUUGUCCAGUUCUUCUACGAGGCCUACUUUGGCAAGCCCAAAUUAUCGGCCUCGGCCGUCACCAAGAAGAGUGAGUAAAGAAAAUGCCGCGAGUAUGGGAAGAGGGGAGAUAACGAAGAAAAAAAGGGAGUUGGUUAAGGAGGAGCUGGGACCAGUGACUUGAGAUAAUCUGUUAGCGGUGACUGUUUUUGGAAUGAGAGAUGGGUGAUGCAGAGGUUAGAGUGGGGGUGGGGUGGGGUGGGGUGGGGUUGGGGGAGCCAAGAGGAGGGCUGGUGUUUGUGCUUGAGCAUUAGUACUAAUGUGCAGAUCUAAAACGCCUCAGUGGACGCGGCGUCACCGUUGAGGGAUGCCGAGGAAGCAGCGCCGCCAUGAUAAGAGCCAUCGUGACUUGUCCACCUGAAAUUUUAAAUCCCUUUUUUCUUUUUUUUUUCAUCAUAAAUAAUUUUUUUUAAUACCUAAAAUAUAACAAAAGGACAAAAUCACCAGUUCAAAAAAUAUAAAAAAGAUAUCCCAUCGGCCACAAACAUACGUUUACUUGAUAUUAAAAAAAGAAAUAAAAAAAAGAAAUGAACUGGUACAAAUGAAGAUGGAUGGAGUCAACUUUAACUCGAGCCAUCGGAGUGUGUUUUUGUCCGUUUGUUGUCAGUGUUUGUUGUUUUGUUUUAAUCUGUCAAAAGAAGAAGUGUGAAACACUGGUGAGAGGUGGUGGUUGAUUUAAACUGACGGGGUGAACGGCACUGUAUCUUCUGUGUCUUACAUUGCAAAAUGCGAUAAUUUUCUCAGGUCUUAGGUUUUCUCUUUCUUAAUAUAAUAUGCAUAUCAAGACAAAGUAGACAUGUUUAACAUCAGCACCGGUUUAAAGUAUGGCUGAAAAUGUACCCAGUACGGCCGUAUAGGCGAGAAAGGUAUGAAUGAAGCUGAUUGGACCGACUGCCUCGGAUGAUCACUCUGCUCCUGGGCAUGAUGGGAAACAGAUGCUGACAGUGCCCUGCUUCACCACUUCAUGACCUCACAGAAGCUGCCGACCACACUUGGAAAAUGACUUGCCAUUGAUUUCCAAACACACAUCUCUGUGUUGAAGUGAAGAAAAACGUGUCUGUUAGACACCAAAGGCUUAAAUGGAGGACAAACAUAUUUAUGUUUAGCAAAAGACAAAAAUAAAAUAAAAAAUCAAACAUUGCAAAUUGUCGAAAUCUGCUGUAUUGACUUUGGAAAAUAUUACGUAUCCUUAAUGGUGUCUGUUGUGCUAUUGUGCAUUUGCACUGUAUCAAUGUCAAAAAAAACAAUUGUUGCUGAAAAAUGUAACGUAUGAACAAAGAGUGCAAAAAACGUGA